UAAUUAAUAAUAUUUAUUCUAAAUUCUAAUUUAUUUUAUACUGAAAAUCUGUAUUUCUGUCGUCCCCAAAUAAUUUAACUCGGCACUUAAUAUAUAAUUUUUUUUUUUUUUGUUAUAUAUUUUUUUAUAAUCAUUAAUUAUCAGUCAAUAUCCAAAGCAUAAUGGUUAGGAGCACUUCACAGCAGUAUCGUCAUUUCAGUUUUUAAUAGAGCGGGACAUCAUUUUUGACGUACCAGUCCAAAUGAGUAACUCGCAAAAAAUCGCAUUACAGAUUAAAGCAAAUUUAGAAAAUGUGACCGAACUAACACCCGACGGCGAAGACUUUCGAUGGUAUUUAAAGUUUCGAUGUACAAAUUGUGGUGAAGAAUCUGACAAAUGGAUUUACUUAUCUCAAGAUAUAACAGUCCCAAUGAAAGGAAGUAGAGGCCAAGCAAAUUUAGUUACCAAAUGCAAAAUGUGUUCGAGAGACAGUUCGUUAGUUUUAUUUUCAGAUAUUUUACCAGACACUAUUUCAAAGUAUACAAUAGAAGACUCAAAUAAAUUUAAAAGUAUUGUCACAUUUGAUUGUCGCGGCAUUUCAAUCAUUGACUUUUCUCCUAGAAAUGGGUUUAAGUGUUGUGGAAUUGAAACAAACACUAAAUUCGAAGAUGUAAAUUUAGAAGAAAAAGAAUGGGUUGAUUAUGAUGAAAGACAGAACCAGCCUGUUGGAAUUUAUGAUGUCCAAUAUCAGUUUGUAACCGUCAAAUAAAAGUUUUGUUGUGUCAUAAAAGAUAAUUUAGAUGUAAAUUCAAUAUUAAUGUUAAUAUUAAUUGUGUUAAAAAAAUAAAGUAAUUUGAUCCAUUUA